AUGGCUCCCCCUAUCCUCCCGUUUCGGGAUAUCAAUCUGCACGCCUCCCCCUCCCACUAUGCCUUUACCUCGCCCUCCUCGCCCCAGGCGCCGACGCUCGUGGUGGACCGGCCAACUGGCGAUUUGCGCCUAAACGAUGGUCCCCUCUCAGGUGCCAGGCGCAUCUCCAGCAUUGCUGGAAUCCUGGGCAUCGUCAAGCUCAAGCUGGACAAAUACAUCAUUAUCAUCACCAAGGCUCAACCCAUGGGACGCUUGCGCGGUCAUAUGGUGUAUAAAGUCGCCGCGACCGAGUUCCUCCCCCUGCGCGAACGCCCGCUCCACGACACGGACGAAGAUACGUACCUCGCGCUGGUGAAAGAUCUCCUCCGAACCGGGCCCAUGUACUUCUCCUACUCUCUCGACCUCACCAACAGCUUUCAACGGCAAUCGCAGGGUGCGCCCAACCUUCCGAUGUGGAAGGGAGCUGACGACCGAUUCUUCUGGAACCGCUUCAUUCAGUCGGACUUAAUUGACUUCAGCCUGGGGGAACAUGACACGAGUGGUAUUCGCUAUGGCCCGCAGCCGGGGGUGGAUCCGUAUAUCCUCCCGGUGAUGUUCGGCAUGCUACGAAUUACCACCGCCCGAGUCAAAUCCAGCUCGUUCACGUUCGCGCUCGUUACUCGACGAUCCAGACAUCGCGGUGGAACGCGAUACUUCUCCCGGGGCAUAGACGACGAAGGACACGUCUCGAACUACAACGAAACCGAGCAGAUUGUGAUUCUGAAUGAUGCGACUGGGGGUCUGUCGGGCUUUGCGGGAGGACAGUCCAUGACCAACGGCAAGGCUAGCCAGGACCUCCAGGUUUAUUCUUUCGUCCAAACUCGAGGUAGUGUGCCAGUGUUCUGGGCCGAAGUCAAUAACCUCCAGUACACGCCGAAGCUCCAAGUCCGAAGUGUCGAAACGGCCGUCGACGCCGCCCGCAAGCAUUUUACUGAGCAGAUCCGCCUGUAUGGAGAGAACUACAUGGUCAAUCUUGUGAACCAGAAAGGCAGGGAGGAACGCGUCAAAAAGGCGUACGAGCAGCUGGUUCGCACACUAGUCACCUCUUCCUCCGAAAGCACCGAGGCUGAUGAGACGACCCCCGAGAAGAUGCAUGUCUUGGAACCGGGUUUCAAACAGAAAGAGAUGGAUCGUUUACACUAUGUGUACUUCGAUUUCCACAACGAGACGAAGGGUCUCAAAUGGCAUCGCGCAGAACUGCUGAUGGGUCGCUUGAACGACGGGCUGGCCCAGGGCGGCUAUUUCCGCGGAGUAGAACACCCCGGGGCCCCUGGUGGGCAAUUAGAUAUUCGGUCAACGCAGGGAAGCGUGGUCCGCACCAACUGCAUGGAUUGUCUCGACCGGACAAACGUGGUGCAGAGUAUGCUUGGGCGCUGGGCAGUCACGCGGCAACUCAUGGAUGCUGGGAUCCUUCGCCCGGGCGAAACGGCCAGUGAUGACCGGGAGUUCGAAGAUCUAUUCCGCAACAUCUGGGCCGACAAUGCGGAUGUCGUCUCCAAGUCCUACUCUGGCACCGGUGCUCUGAAGACCGACUUUACUCGGACGGGCAAGCGUACGCGAGUGGGGAUGCUGCAGGAUUUGAGCAACUCCAUCACUCGAUACGUGCGCAACAACUUCAUGGAUGGUCCCCGACAAGAUGGGUUCGACGUGUUUCUGGGAACUUACCUCCCUUCGGACUCGACAUCGCCCCAUGUUCAAACGAUGUUGGACCGACGCCCUCUUGUCGUUCAAGCGAUACCUUACAUACUCGCGGCCAGCGUGUUCAUGGUUUUCAUCGCCACUCUCACAAGACAGGCGCCCGAUUCUACGCCCUGGCCGCUUCGUCUGUUCGUGGUUUUCUGGUUCGUCAUUGGUGCCUACUCCUUCCGUUUCAUCUACGAACAUGGUAUGCUCUAUGUAAACUGGCCAAAACUAAACACGCCCCUGCCUGGUGCCGAGGGUUACCAGGAUGCUCUUGUCAAAGCACGGUCUGACCCGGUUAUCGGACAGUGGCUCCCGGCUACCAGACACCAGCGCGGUGUCAGCAAUGCCCGCCUCGUCUUCCUGGAAGAAGGAAAGACAAGGGUGGAGUAA